CCGAGAGAUACAGUGGAGGCUCUUUAUGAGCGGGGAGACAAAGCUACUCCACAACAAAGUACAUUUGAUAUUUUGGCUGGGUUUCUGUUGUCUUGGGGGUUUCUUUGGUGUUCCAACGAAGAAAGACAACUAUGGAGGACUACCAAGAACAGGACUGUGAUGGCAUGGAACUGCUCGAUUGGCUGUUUGAUCAAAACGAUGGAAUUCUCCGUCACGAGGAACCAGGACGCCAAGGCAACCAUCACACCUGGCUGGUCCAGGACUCAAAUAUGCUGCAGCCGGCCGAGCAGGCAGAUGAUGACUUCCUCAAUGCCCUCCUGAGUGGAAGUGAUUCUGUGUCAGGCUCGCCUGUCUGGUCCCCUUCUCAAAGUGACAGUGGGAUCAGUGAGGACCCCCCCUCAGACCAGAUGGACAGCCCUCAGCGCCCCGAGAGCCCCCCUGGGGACACUCCGUUUUUUGCUUCCAGGCCACAAACCAAGGCAGACCUGGAAUCCAACUUCUCCAUUGACCUCAAUGGCUGGGGUCCUGGAAUACCAAACGACAGGAUGAGGAUCACACCGUAUCCUGCUGAUGCUCACAGGUCACAGCUGAACUCCGGCUUCCCGCUGACUGUCAAGGAUCUGCUACUGUCUGGCACACCGGAGCCUGUCCCAAACACUUCCCAACAAUCCAUUCAAGAGUUGAUUCUCAAUGAAGAUGAGAAGAAGCUUCUGGUGAAGGAGGGGGUGACUCUGCCCGGCCAGCUGCCUCUCACAAAGUACGAAGAAAGGAUACUGAAGAAAAUACGCAGAAAGAUUCGCAAUAAGCAGUCUGCUCAGGAGAGCAGGAAGAAGAAGAAAGAGUAUAUUGAUGGGCUGGAGAGCAGGAUGGCUGCCUGCAAUGCUCACAACCACGAGCUUCAGAGGAAGGUGUCCCAGCUGCAGAAAUGCAACAUGUCACUGAUGGAGCAGUUGCGCAGGCUUCAGGCUUUGGUCAUGAAUACAUCUAACAAGCCAGCACAGACUGGAACAUGCGUGCUGGUGCUUCUGCUGUCCUUCUCACUAAUCCUGUUCCCAAACCUCAAGCCUUUCUCCGACACUAAGGUCAGCCAAGAAGACUUCAGUCCAGUCAGAAUCCAGUCACGGUCGCUGCAGAACCUACAGGCGUCCCGAGUGCUGCAUAUCACUGAAUCCCCAUUUUCUGCUGAGGACGAAUCGGAGCCUCUGCACAGGCAUCUUCCCGGGGAAAGGGGAUUGGAAGAUAUUACCACCAUGAUGGGAAAGAUGCAUGUGAACCAAGACCAGUCCAAUGUGGAGCCCAUGUCUCUAAACAGCAGUCAGGAGGAAAGAAUGGGUCAUUUCCAUGUCGACCCAAUUACUGGUCACAUAGCGUCUUUGACCUUGGAUCCCCAGCGCUCCGCCCGCUUGAGACCACAUGCUGAUGACAUGUAAAAUUAAUAAAUGAAUGAUCCCCACAUGAAUUCCCCAUAUCCUCCUCCUUAUAGCAGGCAAUUAUCUGGGGCUGCUGUUUACACAGACAGGGAAAUUAGGUUUUAAUCACUCCUGUUUUUUUCUUCAAUAUAUAUUCAGUUAUGCUUUUUCUUUAUUUGUGAUACAGUUUUAUAUCAGUAUAUGGAUAUUAAUCCUACAAUGACAUUUCCUUUCAAGAUGAACUUUGAUUUUGAUCAAAUCUGUGAUGGUGUGUAUCGUCUUGAUCUCAAUGCAUAAUGUGUAAAAUGUUAAAGCCACUUUUCUUUGAUUGUAACCCUUUUAAGAUUAAUUUUAAGGAUAAAAAAUCCUCAAAUAAAACGUGUCAAAAUGA